GAUCGACGGCGGCUUCAGGACGACGAUGCUGCUCAAGUUCCAGGGUUUUGCAAGGUGUUUCAUCGGAUCGGAACGUGCAGCCGCAUCGGCCGUCAGGAUCAGCGCGGGUCCGUCCUUGCCAGUGCCGCCGGCGCCGGCUUCGGUGCCCCUGCCGGACAACGACGACCUCCUCCGUGAGAUCCUCCUCCGCCUGCCGCCGCUCCCGUCGUCCCUCCCUCGCGCAUCCCUCGUUUGCAAACACUGGCGCCGCCUCGUCUCCGAUCCUGGCUUCCUCCGCCGCUUCCGCGACCACCACCGGACACCUCCCUUGCUCGGCUACUUCUUCAGCGGCAGUGGCGGGCCCGUCUUCACCCCCACGCUGGCGCCGCCGAACUGCAUCCCACCCGAGCGCUUCUCCCUGCCGGAGCAACCUGCCGGCGAGCGCCUGUUCGUCCUCGGCUGCCGCCACGGCCUCGCCCUCCUCAUCAACCGGAGACGCCUCCACGCCACCGUGUGGGACCCCAUCACCAACCGCAAGUUCACCGUGGCAUAUCCCCCAGAGUUCACCGCUGACAACGGCGCGCACUGUUUCCGUGGCGCCGUGCUGAGCAGCGCCGGUGGUGAUGGCUAUGACGAUGGUCACUUGAGGCCCUUCAAAGUGAUCUUGAUAAGCACACACAUCAACGACGGUCACACAAGUGUGUUCAUGUGCGUCUACGAAUCGUUGACCGGAAAAUGGGGCAACACCAUCUUAACCAUCAUUCCAUCUUACCUGUUCAAUCUGCCCAAUGUCUUGGUCGGAAAUGCAGCGCUCUGCGGGUUUUUCCUAUGGCCAGACGGCAUCCUUGAACUUGAUCUGGAUAGGCACACUUUAGGCACAAUCCAGACACCAACCAGCAGCCUCCCUGUUGACAGUUCAUUAUUCCGGGUUGUGCGGACACAAGAUCGAGGGCUUGGCCUUGCAAUUCUGUCCAGACUGAGCGUCCAGCUGUGGGGGAGGAAGGCCGAUUCAGAUGGCGGUGCUGCCGGAUGGGUACUGCAGAAAACUGUUGAAGUAGACAAGCUCCUUUCGCUGCCACCUUCGAUGAUGGCCAAUGUGCCAGCAAGGAUACUGGGGUAUGAUGAGGAUAACAAUGCAGUUCAUCUAGCGACUUCUACCGGUGCCUACGCGGUUCAACUUGAGUCAAUGCAAUUUACAGAGCUUUCCAGUGUCUAUUCAAUUUCUGGUCAUCCUUACACAAGUUUCUAUACUGCAGGUUGGGGAAUUGUUGAGGGAGAUAACAGUACAGAAAUACUGAACAGCGCAUGA